AUGAGCACUAAGGCGCCAUCCAGAUCCUACGACAUGAUCAUGAAGUUGUUGCUUGUCGGCGACUCCGGAGUCGGAAAGUCGUGUUUGUUAUUGCGUUUUGUGGAAGACAAGUUCAAUCCGUCGUUCAUCACUACCAUCGGCAUUGACUUUAAGAUCAGAACAAUUGAGAGCAAGGGUAAGAAGAUCAAAUUGCAGGUUUGGGACACCGCCGGCCAGGAGCGGUUCCGUACCAUUACCACCGCAUACUACAGAGGUGCUAUGGGUAUUGUUUUGAUCUACGAUGUCACUGAUGCCAGAACUUUUGAAAAUGUCGAGAACUGGUUCCAGACAGUGACACAGCACGCCAACGACGAUGCACAAAUUUUCUUGGUAGGUAACAAGCUGGACGACGAGGAGAACAGACAGGUUUCUCGUGAGCAGGGACAGCAGUUGGCACAGAAGUUGAACAUUCCAUUCUUGGAGGCCAGUGCUAAGACUAACGACAAUGUGGAGUCCAUUUUCUACGAAUUAGCAGGAAUCAUCCAGGAGAAGCAUGUGGACUCGGAGCCAGUUCAGGGACUGUCUGGUAUCGACGUUUCUCUGGGAAACACUGGCUUCAAGAACUCGUGUUGUUAA